ACAGUGCAGCAAAGCCUACAGGGAAGGAAAGUCUUCCGGAGCUGGACUUAAAUGACUUUAUGCAAGCUAAAACUAUUUUCCUUGUGGUUUUGCUGUAGUGAGUUUCUGUGACAUACUGCUGGUAGAUUUAAUGCAUUGAAGAUCAGCUUCACUGUUGCUAGUUGUGUAAAAUGAUGCAGAUUACAGAUUUCAAGAACAACCGAUCUUCCCUGUUCAAUGCUCUAAACAGAUUUAUCACAGCAGUUACCGUCAUGGGUGAAACUAUCAUGGUGCCAAGUUUACUGUUGGAUCUCCCAGUGGAAGAAGAGGACAAUCACAGCGAAAGCAAUGUCUCCAAACAAAGGGACAUGUACGAAAACUACUUGCUCCUGAAGUCCAUCAGAAAUGAUAUUGAGUGGGGUAUUCCCAAUGAACAAAUAAAAUCCGAUCUAGAGUCCAGAAAAGCCAGAGAGGAAGAUACUGAUUCUGGAGACCUUCAAAGACUAUUCCACCACCAUGUAAAUGGACUUUACAAUGUCCUCUCCAAGCUUACACUGCAAGCUAAUCAUCUAACCAACCGGUAUACAAGAGAACUGGGUAUUAAUGACUUGGGGAGAUGAAAACCGAGACUUUACCAGGUUUCGAUAGGAUGGUAUCAAACUGAAAAUUGCAGUCCUGGUUGUCUCUAAUCUGGAUCAGUUUAUAUUUUAGUAUAUAAUUCCUCUCAAGAGUUUACAGUUUAGAAACUCGGUCUUGGCUGAGAAGACACAUUGUUUUUCGAAUGGCAGGUGAUUGACUUUCCUCUUUCAAAAUGCAGGUUUCAGUUUUGUCCUUUAGAUCUCAUGUUUUUUAAUGAAUGCUGCUUUUUCUGUAAAAAUGAAUUAAUUCUAAAGUGAAUGUUUUGGCAGGAGAACAAAUGA